AUGGAAGGUCUCUUCUUCAACGCCAAUAAUGGCUACAUUGAAGGUAUCGUCAGAGGGUAUCGCAAUGGUCUUUUGACUAGUAACAACUACAACAACUUGGUACAAUGCGAAACGAUCGAUGACUUGAAGCUCCAGCUGGGCCCAGCAUACGGCGACUUUCUUGCCUCACUUCCUCCGAAUCCAUCCACAUCUACCCUAGCGGCGAAGACAACCGACAAAUUAAUCUCAGAGUUCCGAUACGUACGAGCAAAUGCGGUUGGGUCGUUGGCGAAGUUUAUGGAUUACCUUACCUACGGAUACAUGAUCGAUAAUGUCGCCCUGCUGAUUACCGGUACGCUCCAUGAGCGAGAUACAAGAGAGCUACUGGACAGAUGCCACCCUCUAGGAUGGUUCGAGACGAUGCCGGUUCUUUGUGUAGCUACGAAUAUCGAGGAGCUUUACAACAGUGUUUUGAUCGAGACACCACUUGCGCCAUACUUCAAGGGAAGCUUGAGUCACCAGGAUUUAGAUGAGCUGAACAUCGAGAUUGUUCGAAACACCUUGUACAAGAACUACCUCGAGGAUUUCCACAAUUUCGUCAACACAGAUUCUGAGAUGGCUGGCACUCCAACAGCUGAAGUUAUGACGGAAAUUCUCGAAUUCGAGGCUGAUCGAAGAGCCAUUAACAUCACACUUAACUCCUUCGGUACAGAACUUUCGAAAGCAGAUCGCAAGAAGCUAUACCCAGCAUUCGGAAGACUAUAUCCAGAAGGCUCUUUCAUGUUGUCAAGGGCAGAUGAUAUUGAGGGUGUAAGGUUAGCUGUGGAGGGUGUGAACGACUACAAGACAUACUUUGACCAGGCCGGUAUGGGACAGAGUAGCGGCCCUGGAAAUAUGAGCGGCGGUUCCGGCAGUGACGGGAAGAGUUUGGAAGAUUUGUUCUACCAGAAAGAGAUGGAGAUAUCGAAGGGUGCUUUCACACGACAAUUCACAUUUGCGAUUGUAUAUGCUUGGGUCAAGUUGAGAGAACAGGAAAUUCGAAACAUAACGUGGAUUGCAGAGUGUAUAGCGCAGAACCAGAAGGAGCGAAUUGGUAACUACAUCAGUGUAUUCUAG